AUGCUUCCCUUGAACCCCUUCCUCGCCGCCUUCUUCCGCCACGGCAAUCCCAUUGUUGCCCAGUGCUCUCCCGUCCACCACCACGUCUUACUCGUUCCGACCACCGAGUUUUUCCUCACCUCCCGCGAAACCGACAGCGGCGUAUCGCCUGCGGAGCUCGUAGCUUCGGAGGACUUUUUGAGUAGCCAUGUGCUCAAGAUACCCAGCAGUGCGGCGGUAGCGGGAGGGAAGGACUCAGGGGUAGGAAAUCUCCGCGAGCUUAGGGGCAAGGCACGGCAGUAUAACACCUUGAAUGGCCGUAGUGUCGUGAUCAAGGAUGCUUUUGUGUAUAGUAAUAAAGGAUUCCGUACCUUGGCACAAGCUCAAAUACUUAGCGACACGAUCUGGUAUGCCGACUCACUCGAACCGAAACAAUGGCUCAUAUACUACAUUUCAAGACCACUCGUAGGCAUCUGGGAAGAGAUUGUCAUACAACCAGCAGUUUUCUCUCCUGGUAUGGCCAAACGAAAGCUCACGGAAGACAAACAAGCCGCUGCCAUCGAGAAUGGUGAACCGAGUUUGCCCAAGAAGAAGGAGAUUAAAAGUUUCCAUGACCUGCUGAAUAACUUUCCAAUCAUCGCCAGACAAAUGCAACCAGGCCUCGAGAAGCUUUUCAGGGAGUUUACGAUUGUCUUUGACAGGCCACUUCCUCCACCGCCUUCUGCCACCCAUAUUCCCGACCCCAUGCCAGAUGGACCAAUCGCAACUGCUAUGAAACAAGUGCGGACGAACAACUCGCCAAAGCGCACCAGAUCGAGCGUCAAUGAUCCCGGUGCUAUGUAUCGUAACAGGGUAACGGAGAACUUCUUUGCCGAAGAUGAUGAGGAUGUCAUGCGCGCUUCAUUAGAGACGGCUGUCACCACGGCCAUUGAUUUGUUCCAGAGCGUUGACCAGCAGCAACUUUCCAUGCUUGGUGCUACGACUGAUCUCACCGGGCCCUUGGUAGAGCGGCUCAUUGAGAGAUACGUGGCUGAGAAUGUGCAUACAUAUGUUUGGCCGCGACUUGCCGCUAUGCGUCGACCUGAAGAUCUCGAACUGGAAGCCAAGAUUCGCCAGAUGGAAUUCAUCGACAUUUCACAACUUGGAAUCGCAUUCGACGGUGGCCAAAGAGAGAAGCGUGAGCUUACAUUGAGACUGGGACGGGCCGUGGAUGAAUUCGGCAAAAUGACUAGUGCUAUGGGACCCCAGGAGAUGAUGGAGCUCCUCCUCUCAACCAUGAAGGCCGUCACCACCUUGACAGAACAGCCGAGACCGGAAUUAAUGACCAAGCCGGGUCUGGAGAAGUCACCACUGACCAUCAAUGCCGAUACCCUUGUCUCGCUCCUCCUUUUCGUCGUCAUCAGAGCUGGGGUCAAACAUCUCCAGGCGCGGCUCCAGUACAUUCGACACUUUAUCUUCAUUGACGACGUGGAGAGUGGAGAAAUUGGUUACGCACUGAGCACAUUUGAAGCCGUCUUGUCGUAUCUCAUGAGGGAUUCUAGUACCCUAAGGCGCGCAAGCAAGCGCAACAAGUCCUUGUGGGAUGUUACUGCCAAGGGAGACACUGCAGAACUCAAGAGAAUGAUGGACUCUUCGAACGAAGCUGUCGAGGAUGAGCCCCCAGCAUCCCCAGUCUCGAGUCACGCUCCUUCUGUUAGCUGGAGUAUGGUCAACGGAUCCUCUAGGCGUUCAUCAACUACAUAUACGAGCUUCGAUGCGUAUUCACAGGGCUCUGGCCUCGGUCAUGUGUUUCCUUUUCAAAGUGAAACCAGCGAGUCGCCUUCUCUCCUGCCUGCAAAGCGUGUGAAGAGAGUUGCCUUGGAUACAAGAAGCAUGUCCAGUGGCUCAGAGUACUCGUACCACUCUCGGGCGGCUAGUGUAGCGACCACCAUGGGCAGUGGCAUCGAAGGUGACACGUCUGCGGCUCGGCUGUGCCAGACACAAGAUGCAUUGGGAGAGUCCAUCCCCAUGAUGGCGGUACAGAAUAUGCGACCGGAGAUGCUCAAGUACCUUUUGUCGCUCGACGAGUUCUUUCCCACAGAAACCAUUCUAGAAGACAGCAAUAAUCAGGGAACUACUCUAUUGAGUGCCGCCGUACAACUAGGUCACACAGAGCUCAUUGACAUUCUUCUGGAUCUCGUCAUGACUAGGACCAACCGAGCGCAGACCGCCAAGUAUCUUGCGCUUCAGGAUGUCAUGGGUCGCAGCGUCGCCCACUACCUUUUCCAUGCCCCGUCCCUGAUUGGGCGUAUAGGCCAAUUACUUCCCUGGCGACAAAAAGAUAAGAACGGGUUAACACCUCUGUUUUCUCUUUGCCGCUCGUAUGACCACACGCAUUAUCGGUCCAUGGUUGAAGCUGGGCUCGAAGCGGCCACUAGAUCUCAGGGUGAUGGUCAAGCUUUACAUCUUGAUGAUCAUGUGGAUUCCAAAGGAAACACACUAUUGCAUAUUGUCCACGACGCCUCGGUAACUGCCCAAAUCCUACAGUACUGUGACGUCGAUGUGAAUGCAACCAACGACAGGAAAUUCACUGCCCUCAUGGUAGCUAGCAAGUAUGGCCGCUAUGACAUGGUGCGAGCCCUGUAUGGUGAUCAGAGACUUGACGUGGGCGCCAAGGACCUCCGCGGUUUGACUGCCGUAGAGUUGGCCAAGGACGACGAAGUCCGAAAUAAGAUGGACGACCUUGCACUCUUUUCCAUGCCAGCUGGCGAGAACGGUAGAGUCACGGGAGUAGUCAGGUCGUUCUUUGUCGAGGACGCGACGAUCCGUCUUGUCAUUAAAUCCGGCGCGCCAAGUGAUAGUAAUAGCUUCACUAUCACGACAUGUCGCCGCUCCUUGUCAGAUUUUGAGCGUUUGGCCACCCUGCUAUCCAUGGAGAACCCUGCAUCGUGGAUACCUACUGUUUACAGUCAACGUACACCCUUCCAGAUUCCCGCAAAGCCAUCAAGGGCCGUUCUAAAGGACAUUCAGGUGCGAACGGGUUGGUUCUUGAAGAUUCUACUAGCACAUCCCACCUUUGAAGCUCACGAGAUGCUUUGGGAAUUCUUCUUGGUGCCUGACCUGCAACCAGAAAUGAUUGAACAGCGUAGCAAACUCAAGGCUGAGACGCGCGCGGAGAAUAUUCAUGAGGAAUAUGAGCCACUGGAGGACGUCCGUGAAGUGGAGCAAUUUGUAGACCAUGCUCGUGACAUGGUCCGUAGCGUCAACUUUUCCACCAAAAGUGUGGCACGCCGAGCAAAUGGCAUUUGUGUGGCCGGGGCUGACCUGUAUGAAGCUGCAAGUCUACUCAACAGGCAGGUAGGGAACUUGACUUUCCUACCACAAACACAUGUUGCUGCCUUUGACGCAUACGUCCGCACGUUGUUGCCAUUACAAUCUUCACCAGCACAAACGUUGCACAAUACAUUUUUGGCUAUACAAUCCACCAUGACAGCCAUGCUGGCAGCGCUAGCGCGCCCGCCUCAAAUAGUGGCACAGAUUCAAGCAUCUCGAAGAUCUAUUGAAAGGUCAUAUAGCUCACUCAGCCGUUCAACGCGUUGGCCACUCGGACUCCUGGACGAGACUCGUCAACGCCUCAAUGAGGAAAAGGAAGAGAAGGCCCGAGAAAAGCAAAAAGAGGCCGACGAUCUUGGCCGUGAGCUCAGGUAUACGCAGCAGGUGGUAGCUAGUGAGCUUGCCGGCUGGCAGGACAUGCACGAAAAGUUGGGACGACGGGCCAUAAAGGAUUUCGCCAGAGGCAUGGUGGUGCUUGAACGCGAGAGGCUGGCGGGUCUGCAUCGUGCGAUGCGGAAACUAAGGGAAGUUUCUCCCGGUCCCGUGUUUAGAAUGAACUCGGUUGGUGGGCCUCAAACCGAAGCGAUGGUAGACGAGCUUGAGGCACGACGACAGAUGGAGAAUGUGGUGGACUCUGGGGUCAUAGGCUCCUUCGAGCCAACCUUGGAGAAUGGGAGCAAGUCAUUGGCGCAAGGGGAACAAGAUGACCCUAGCGUCGAAACGAAUGACGCGCAGCAGAUCUUGGAUGAGCCACUGGUCGUCCAGGAAAGAACCAUAGAGGAGUAG